AUGGGUAAAAAGUUUUCUGAUGCCGGCUCAGAAGUUAAACUAAAGCCACAAAUAUCUUUAUUCAGCGGAUGUGCUAUCGUCGUUGGCUGUAUCGUCGGCUCCGGAAUCUUUGUCAGUCCAAAAGGAGUUUUGCAAGAUGCCGGGAGUGUUGGUUUAUCGCUGUCAGUAUGGCUUCUUUCUGGAGUAUAUUCCAUGCUUGGCGCAUUAUGCUAUGCCGAGUUAGGAACUCGCAUACCAAAAAGUGGUGGGGAUUACGCUUAUAUCAACGAGGCUUUUGGACCGCUGCCAUCUUUUCUUUUCUUAUGGGUGUCAUUGGUGAUAAUCUGUCCGACUUCAAAUGCUAUUGUUGCUCUCACAUUUGCGAAUUACAUUCUAAAGCCCGUGUUUCCAAACUGCGAGGUUCCAGAAAAAGCUGUGGCUCUCUUAGCAGCUUGUGCGAUAGCUCUUCUGACAUUCAUCAAUUCUUGGAACGUACAACUUGCUACGCGUUUCAAUAAUUUCUUCACUGUGACUAAAGUAGCAGCGUUGGCAUGCAUCAUCAUUGCUGGACUGAUAUGGUUGGGAACGGGUCAUGUCGAAUACUUUCGAAUGCCGGAUUUUCUGGCAGGUAGCCAGACUAGUCCUUCCAGACUUGCCUUGGCGUUCUAUUCUGGAGUAUUCACAUAUAAUGGCUAUAGCUACCUCAAUUUCGUUACCGAAGAACUGAAAGAUCCAUAUAAAAACCUACCUCGAGCAAUCUACAUAUCGAUGCCGUCUAUCACACUUAUCUACAUGCUCGUAAACAUAGCUUAUUUUGCAGUAUUAUCUACCGAUGAGUUUCUUGAAUCGGAUGCAGUAGCAAUGUCGUUUGCCAAGCAAGUGAUGGGUUUUCUUGCGCCAGUAGUACCGCUAUUCGUGUCCUGCUCUUGCCUUGGAGGCUUGAACGGCAUGUUGUUUACUUCAGCAAGGAUGUUUUUUGCGGGCGCCAGAGAGGGACAUUUACCCGAAAUGUUGUCAAUGAUCUCUAUUAUAUACCUCACACCUUUGCCCUCAUUGAUAUUUUUAGGAACCACUUCGAUUGCUAUGCUGUUUGUUGGUGAUGUAUUCGUACUAAUAAACUACACCGCUUUUGCGACAGGACUUGUCGUUACAACUUCGACUGCUGGCCUACUCAAAAUGCGGUUCACACAACCAAACGCGAAGACGCCAAUCAAGGCAAGUACUAAUUGCGUUCGAGCAACACAACUUAAGCAGUCAUCUUGUAUCGAUAUAUAUCGUAUUCAUCUAAAAAUUUAUGAAUCUCACCAAUUUGAAGGCAGAGAAGUAGUCACACCCACCAAAUACGUUGAUCGGCUGCAGAGGUCGGCUGAAGGCUAA